AUGCCACCAGAGGGAAGCACGAGGGCUGGGGUACUGCCAGGUUGCCCAAGCCUAGACAGGGGAAGUCGAGAGGCAGAGGUCGGGUUCGAACCACGGACCUUCCGGUCAGUAAACUCGCGCUCUAACCACUCAGACCAUCUCUCCUGCAGCGAGGGGACGACUCCGAAACCGCAAAAGGCUCCCGCAAUUAAGGAGAACGCCAUUCCUGUGACGGCUAAAGUCGUGAUCAGUGGAGAACCAAAGAAAACUACCAGUCGUGAAAUGUCGGAAAACUCUGGUCCUAGCCAGAUGAAAGCAUCUAACCCCGAUCUUCAGUGUACCACCGUCCGAAGCCCUCUUCAGGAUAAAGCUCCUUCAUCACCCAGAAGGAUGAUCAGUGUCGAUAACUCGGAGAAGAAACCCAAACCCAAACUGAUUAUCAAAAAAGAAUUCACGCGGCAACUUCCGAUGAAAUUAUCAACCAUUACUAUACGCUUCCCGGAAGCUGUAGAAAAGGUAUCCGUGGAUAAAGGUGUGACAGCUGACGUGGAUCGAUCGGGUCUACAGCCGGCAUCUUGUCUUUAUCAAAAGGUGGACCACUCGAAAUCGCUUCUGUCUCGGUUGAAUGAACAACGCCAGCGGAACCAACUUUGCGACGUGAUUUUCCAGGUGGGACCGAAGCAAAUCAACGCACACAGGGCUGUUUUAGCUGCCGGUUCAGAUUACUUUUCUAAUCUGUUCAAAGAAAAUACGAACGAUACCCGUUUGGGGACAUUGACAGUUCCAGAGUUUGACGAAGCCGUGUUCACCAGCCUCAUUAACUUCUUGUAUACUGGCGAAAUCUGCGUGACCACAAGUACGGUGCAGAAUUUGUUGGCCACUGCAAUGGUUUUCCAAAUUGAAGAGGUUCAAAAAGUCUGCUGGGAAUUCAUGCAACUGCGACUGUGCGCCGCGAAUUGUUUGAGCAUACUUCGUUUUGCUGAUCUACUACAGAAUACGGACUUGGUGAAAGCUUGCUUGCUUUUUGCUGGACAGUCUUUUGAUGAACUCGUUAAACGCGACGAAGAUCUACUGGCGCUGGACGGAGAUCUUUUCGAGAAGCUCAUUUCAUCAAGAGAAGUCGACUUUUCGGAAGAUCUUCGUAUGAAAGCCAUACUUCGCUGGGUGAAUCACGAUGCUGAUGGACGGCAGAGCGUAGCUUCCAAGUUGUGCGGCUAUAUUGACAUUUCUCGUCUAUCCAAGGAGUACUUUGUUCAUCUGUGUCGGUCCGAAGCACAAUGGGGAAGCACCCCAUGGCUGGGAAAAUUUCUCAUGAACGCACUCAUGCGUCAGCUCAACUUGGUAGAACCCGAAACAACAGCCGUGGAGAAAUCAAAGAUCCCGGAAUACAACGAUUUCAUUGUAAUUGCUGGCGGUGGACUUGCAAAAGAUGUGUUCAUUGUAAUUGCUGGCGGUGGACUUGCAAAAGAUGUGGUGGAGUUUUUUGACCUAAAGACACAAACCUGGACAUCCACUUCUUCCAGCGAUGAAUCGUCUAAACUCUCUGGAACAAUGGCUUUCCCGAAAUUGCCUUCUGCUCGGCACGGCUGCACUGCGGUUGUCGUGGACGACGUCCUGUACGUGAUAGGUGGCAUAACAGACGUGGUUACCUCGUCUGUAGUUGUGUACAAACCGGCCAGUGGCUCCUGGGCAUCCGGACCUACAAUGCAGCACCCGCGUCGAUGGCUAGGUGCGACAGUGCUCAAUCAGAAAAUUUAUGCGAUAGGAGGAUUUGAUGGUAAAACUCGGUUGAACUCAGCUGAGAUGCUCGAACACUCCUCAGACAAAUGGCGUUCAAUUGCACCGAUGCUAAGCCGACGAUCGUCGCUCGGUGUUGCUGCACUACGCGGUAACAUUUACGCUGCCGGAGGGUUCACAAGCAAUGACGUCCGGUUGUCCACUGUAGAAUGUUACAAUCCGGACUCGAACACUUGGACCUCAGUUGCCGGAAUGGCUUCACCACGCUGCGGGCUGGGUUUGUGUGCGAUAGACAACAAUCUGUAUGCUGUUGGCGGUUGGUGCGCAAACGUUGGUGUCUCGGGUGCAACGGAGGUCUAUUCACGAGAUACAAAGUCGUGGCAAACCGUCUCAUCGAUGACUACAAAACGUGGAGGACUAGGUCUUGUUGCUCACAACGGUAUUCUCUACGCUAUUGGUGGAUGGGAUGGAGGGAACCGACUAACCUCCAUAGAACGCUAUGACCCGUCCAGUGACAAGUGGACAUUGUUGCCAGGACAAAUGAAGAUUGGUCGGUAUAAUUCGGGUGUCGCCGUGCUCCGAAUGAAAUCUUACUUCCAUAUCGUCGGUGUAGAGAUUCCCGCUAGGGGGAAAUUUCAGUCGCGUGUGGGUUUGACCAAGAGGAAGUAUUGGUUUCGAAAGCACAAAAGCAAUAAAAACUGGACAGAAAUGCUCAAUCGUCCACGUUUUUUGGAUUCAACGCGUGCACAACUCAGUCACUGA